CCUUGCGAGCGAGAGAUCUUAAAUUCGCGUACUACGUGAAAGUAUCCUCGAGGGACAACGACGCGCUCGGUCAAAGUGAAUCGAAUAUCCGAAAGCAGCAACACGACGGCCUCUCAGCCUUGUGCUGCCGUCGAGAGCAGGUCCUAUGUGUCGUGCAUUACGGUCGCAUCACGCGACCGACAAACUGCUGAGCGUAAGACAGCUAGACGUUCAUGAUGACGUGGAUAAACCAAAUGAUCGCUGCGCGCUCUACAAAUCCAUAAAUCGGCGAACAGACCUUUUGCAGAGGAGACGGAACGCCUCCAUGAACGAUUGACACAUCGAGCUUGAUAUUUUUCCCCGACGCGACGUCGCGAAUAAAUGCGAAGCGUACAGGGAACAAAAGGGUGCCGCGAUCUCGGACGCAACGCCAGGAAAAAUAUCAGCAAUUUUACAAAUCUGUCUGUACUAUCGAGCCCAUGGAUCCCUGGAGUAUUCUUGGAUGCUAACGUUGAUGAUAGUGAAUCUGUCUGGUACUCAAGAUAUACAAAUAUCGCAAUAGUAACUAUCAUAGUCAUGGCAGGGAAUAUCAUAAAAAAACAAGGAUUAACUUAUUUAUUAGGUGUAUGUGUACCUAGUGCUAAACAAAAUGCUGCUAAAAUACGAGUAAAACUACCAGACUUCGACACACAUCUGUUAAUGGUUGUUGAUGUCAUUUAUCCACUAGGUGAUAUUACAGAUCCUAUUACUGGUAAAAAGGUUGUUGCAGGAAAAUAUAGGGAAAAUAUUGAAAAGGAUGCUGAACUUUAUGGAAAUUUAGAAUCUAUGUAUAAAUAUGAAAAAGCACCAAAGAGAGGAAUCACAGAAGGCAAACGAGAUUUUACAGCCAAGAAAACUUAUAUGAAAUAUAGCGAUGAUCCAAAAGAUUAUGACCCAUACGCAGUGAAUCCAUCGUAACUCGUACAUACAACAUACAAACUGUUGUAUUGUAGAUAGAAAUUAAUAAAUAAUGUUAUAUUGAAAAAAA